AAAGUGUCUCAGCAUGGAUGAGAAUGAGCAGAGCGCAAGAGACGCGGAACAGCGAGGAGCGGCGGAUGAGUCCAACGGUGCCAUACGACCUCUUCUGCAAGCUCCAGGGAACCUGCAGCUCCCGCACCGAAUCACAAACUUCUUCAUCGACAACAUUCUGCGACCGGACUUUGGCCGUAAGAAAGAAGCGAACAUCACGCGCGAUGAGGGCAAUCUCGGCCCGCGAGAGAAUCACAACCCUACGGGUCCUAGCACUGGACAGGUGGGAAGUACUGUACCAGCAGAGGGAACUUCCACAACACAUACGAGCAGCGGAGGAAAGAAGGCAGAGAUAGAGAGCGAAGAGCCCCUGAAGACCCGCGGGGAGAAUGUGGAUCAGUGCCUAGGUUCAGAAUCGGAUAGUUCACAGACCAAUACGAAUGGACAAGUUAACCAGCCUAUGCUGUGGCCCGCUUGGGUUUACUGCACACGAUACUCGGACAGACCGUCGUCAGGUAGUCCUAGAUCUCGUAAACCAAAGAAGAAAAACGCAAAUAAAGAGGACAAACGACCACGCACGGCCUUCACGGCGGAGCAGCUUCAGAGACUCAAGGCCGAGUUCCAGACCAACCGCUACCUGUCCGAGCAGCGACGGCAGAGUCUGGCGCAGGAGCUGGGACUCAAUGAAUCCCAGAUCAAAAUAUGGUUUCAGAAUAAGCGGGCCAAAAUCAAAAAAGCCACCGGCCCCAAGAACUCUCUGGCAUUGCACCUGAUGGCGCAGGGACUGUACAACCACAGCACCACGUCAAAAGAAGACAAAUCAGACAGUGAUGACUGAGACAGAGAAAGUGGGAAGGGGUGGGGGUGCAAGGUUAUAUUUACAAUGCAAUAAUUCAAAAGAAUAAAGGGCCAGUUAAUAAAUAUACCAGCAUUACUGACGUUAAAUAGAGGCUAUAUCGAAUUAUUAAAAAAAAUAGAUGUAUUGAAUACAAUUCUCUUAUGAAAUAGCCUAAUGGUCAAACUAUUUCAAAAAUAGGCUAUAUAGGUGCCGUUUUUUGCACUUGGGCAGAGUGGCUCUCUUAAGAAACAAGUGUUUUUAUCGUUCUUCUUUGUCAUGCUGUCACUCGAACCAAGCGUUUUCCACGAUUAACACAACGGGAGUUUAUAUACAUUUAUUAGCUGUUGAAAAAAAAAAAAGCGAAAACCUUGCUUAAGUCCAAAGAGUCUUUUCUGCUGCAUCCAGGCAACUGUGAGUACUAUGAGAGUUGUGUUAUUUACACGUUUAUCGUAUUUGAUUUGAUGUUUGAUACAAAAUGGACGCAGCAAUCGUCGGAUCUCAGCAGGAUUUUUUAAACAAAACAAAAAAAGAAAAGAAAGACACUGUUCUUUUAUUGUAAAUAAAUUCACAGUCUUAGCCUGGUUAAUUUUAAUGAGUGAAUUGGAGAAGAAAAAUAAAUAAAUAAAUAAAACACGCGCAAGAACGUCGUUAACAAUAGUGCAUUACAUUGUAGGUUAUCUGGGUGAACUACCAUGUGAAAUAGCCUAACAUAAACGAAAUAACAUUGGAUUAACCUUCAUAGCCUGGGCAAAACAUUUCAAUAGGUGCGCUAAAUAAAUAAACAAAUGUACCGCAGCGUCUUAAAUCGCAUACAUAGUUUUAUAAAAGAGCAAUAUAAUCAUCUUUUGUAGCAAAGUAUGUUUUAAUUAUUAUAAUGCUGCCUAUAAACGUGUAGCACUGACAAUGAUUUCGCUUAUGCGCACUCUUGACAAAAGCCAGGGUAAGCGCCACAACACAUCACAGAAAUAUA